AUGAUGCCUCCCCGGAAUGGCAUCUUCUGCCGCGGGAGCGGGUGCCGCUUCGGCGAGGUGGGUGUACUUGGUGGACAGAGCAUCCUGGGACACGCCCACUCGGCGGAGGCGGCAGCAGAACAAGCCAAAGCAGCCAUGGCAAUGGGCAUGGACGUCCUGCUCGCGCGGAAGGAGUUCUGCAGAGGGGUCAGCUGUGUCGAUGGCAUGGGCAAGCCCUUGGACCGCAGCAAGGCCACCUUUGUAGCGCAGUGCGCUCACUUCUUCACCGCGGGCGGCCUUGAAGGCCAGGAUGACUACCGGUCCGUGAAGAACGUGUACGACAGCUUCGGGAGCAUUUGCGGCCCCAGGGUGGGCAACGCGGAGCUGCCCUUCUGCCGCGCCUAUGGAGACGUGGUGGCUGCGGCGCUGGCGCCGCAGCUGGGAGCCGCCACCGUCGGGAGCGCUGAGAACAUCUGCGCCAGCAUGUUCGACUUCAGCCUGGAAGUGAAGCAGGCACAAGUUGACCUUGAGCUCUUUGAGGGCUCCUUGCCCGGGAAGAAGGACAUGGGCUUGGACUCGGAGCGGGGCCGCAGGUGGGCGAAGUUCGUGGACCUCAGCAGCCCCAGGCCGCUGAACGAGACCCACGGGGACCUGCUCAAGCUGCAGGCGACUUCUACAAAAGCCAAGGAGUCAAAGGAGGGCUACGAGGUCACCAUGGCGUCCUGGGAUGGCGCCAUGAAGAGUACCCGUGUCCCGUCGCAGCUCUUCGAGCACUGUGAGGUGGAGAUGCAGGAGAUCAUGCUUGGGGAGCCACAGGUCGCUGGGCGCGUCAGCAAGCUGGCGGUGGACUGGUGUAACUUCCAACAGCUUCGAGGAGGAGGCCGUCCUGACUGGACGGAGCGAACUUGCAUUGGCAUCGGAAAGCUGUUCGGCCUUGCGCUGCGGAACAUCCCAGAUCCGCCGCCUGCAGACCAGCCUCCGGCGGUGCUGGCGGGAGCGCUGCCAAAGCCCGCCUUCGGGCAGCUGUCUCCCACCAUGCCACCCACGUACACCAUGAUGCCCACGAUCCCAGAUCCGCCCAAGUGGGGCGAGCCACCGGCUUCCGGGCCAGUGCCGCCUGAGAUGACCAAAGAACAGAUGCAGAGGAUGCUGGACCCGACCGCGCGGUUCUUGAUGCGCCCAGACCAGGUGUGCCAGCAGCUCUUUGUGGCCAUCGGGGCCUCGAACCGUGUGGAAGGUCUCCUGCGCAACUCCUACAAGACCUCCUUCCGGGUGCCGGGGCCUGGCUUGGCGCUGCCAACCAAGGAGGACCCGCUGCUCCAGGCAAUGGUGCAGGCGGCGAACUUCCGCCAGGCAACACAAAAGGAGGCGGGCUCGGAUGAUUCGCGUUCUGCGUGA